AUGCACCGUAAGAAAUAUGUUCAUUUCAAUACACUCGAGCCCAUCAAACCCCUUCUUCGAGCCUAUACCCUUGGCUAUCUCACCGUCACGACGCCCCGGCUCUUUGCCUUCUUGAGAACCGUUCGACGCAGCCAUCUGCAAUCUCGAGAGAUCCUUUCCACCCUACAGAAGAUCCUCAUCACAUCCACCCAGAUCAAUCGGUUCCCGACUGCAGCUGCUGUCAUUGUGGGCGGAGCAACUGCGCUCCCGCACUUAAUUCAGGCAUGUAUUGACUAUGUCCUGUCAUCACAGCGCAGGGGUACUACACGUCUCAGUAAUCGUCUUGCCGCAUUGAUCCGCUUCUUGUGCACCUUUUGGUCGGCAUGGCUGGCAUUUAGUCUGCUCAAUCGGGAUGAAAGCUGGGCUAGAAAGCGUGCGAUAUCUCAGAGUAAUACGACUAUCUCAACCGGUGCUCCUCGUACAUCGGCUCUACAUCAACCACCCCCACCGCCCUAUCAUCCUCGCUAUGCAGGCAAGACCAUUGACUUUACGGCGUUUGCCUUCUGCCGCGCGCUGGAUGUUGCAGUGAUAGCUCUUUGGACUCGAACUAGAAGUCGAUCGUGGCAUCCGGAGCAACGCAAUCCACGUCUCGCAAACUUCACCCGCAAGAUUGUCGAUCCCUCAGUAUUCGCUGGUUCCGCUGCGAUCAUUAUGUGGUCAUGGUUCUAUUCGCCCGAGCGACUCCCUCGCUCGUAUAACCACUGGAUCUCGAAAGCGGCCGACAUCGACCCUCGUCUAAUCCAAGCACUCCGUUUAGCUCGACAAGGUAAUUUUGUCUAUGGCGAGGAUACAGGGCAAGCAACGCUUCUUACAGGCCUUUGCCAGGAGCUGAACCUUCCCGAUGAGUUCGCCGACCCUUCAAAGACCAUUCCAAUACCCUUGGAACUCGCGCCGGAAGAUCUCAUUGGCGAUCCUCCUGUCAAUCCUGCAGAUCACUGUCUCACAAAUGCCGAUCUCAGCGAUCUCAGCGAUCUCAGCGUUCACAUGAAGGAACGCUACGCCAGACAUCUACUAGCCUGUUGGUAUCAGGACAUGGCAGGGAUUGUCCUAUUCACCGCGCUAUUUGUGUAUUUCAGACUACCUGAUAGAUCAGCCUGGUCAAUUUCAUCAGUACAACGAAUGACCAGAGACCGAGUCGACGACAUUACAGAGGGGAAGUUGACGGUUGCAUACUUCAUUAAAGCAUUUCCAAUCCAGGUUCGAGAAAUCCGCGAUAGUGUUGGACAAGAAUAG